AUGGCGGCGGCUGCGUGGCUUCAGGUGUUGCCUGUCAUUCUUCUGCUUCUGGGAGCUCACCCGUCACCACUGUCGUUUUUCAGUGCGGGACCGGCACCCGUAGCUGCUGCCGACCGGUCCAAAUGGCACAUUCCGAUACCGUCGGGGAAAAAUUAUUUUAGUUUUGGAAAGAUCCUCUUCAGAAAUACCACUAUCUUCCUGAAGUUUGAUGGAGAACCUUGUGACCUGUCUUUGAAUAUAACCUGGUAUCUGAAAAGCGCUGAUUGUUACAAUGAAAUCUAUAACUUCAAGGCAGAAGAAGUAGAGUUGUAUUUGGAAAAACUUAAGGAAAAAAGAGGCUUGUCUGGGAAAUAUCAAACAUCAUCAAAAUUGUUCCAGAACUGCAGUGAACUCUUUAAAACACAGAGCUUUUCUGGAGAUUUUAUGCAUCGACUGCCUCUUUUAGGAGAAAAACAGGAGGCUAAGGAGAAUGGAACAAACCUUACCUUUAUUGGAGACAAAACCAUUCAGAUGCCUUUCUUGAAGAAACAUUUCUUGGAUUGUUGAAAGACUUUAAUAAUUUCCAAAGUUCCAAAAGUUGAUUUUGAUAGUUUUUGCCAGUGUUUUCGUUGCUUUUAUGGAUGAGUAGAUUUUCAGAGUUUCUUAUUCUGCCAUUCUGAAAGUGUUCUCACUACCUAAACCCCAGUUUUAUUUGUACAGAAUUUUAACUGAAUGUAAGUUAGGCAUGACAGUCUUUGUUAAUUUUUUUAAACAAAAGAUAGCCAUUAGGACUGGGUGCAGUGUCUCACGCCUGUAAUGCCAACACUUUGGGAGGCCAAGGUGGGCAGAUGACUUGAGGUUGGGAGUUCGAGACCAGCUUGGCCAAUGUGGUGAAACUUUGUCUUUACUAAAAAUACAAAAAUUAGUUGCUCAUGGUGGCAGGCACCUGUAAUCCAAGCUACUCAGGAGGCUGAGGCAGGAGAAUCGCGUGAACUUGGGAGGUGGAGGCUGCAGUGAGCUGAGAUCACGCUACUGCACUCCAGCCUGGGCAACCAGUGAGAUUCCAUCUCAAAAAAAAAAAGAAAAAAGAUAUUCAUUGGAUUUUCUUUUACUAAUAGGUAUAUAUUCACUGUGAAAAUGGAGACGAUAUACGUAAAUGAAAAGAAGAAAAUAGUAAUCUAUAAUACCAUGCAGUGAUAUAUUUAUCUUCCUAGUCUUUUGUAUAUGGGCAUGUUUAUAUUAUUUUAAAAAGGGAAUCUUAGAGUAUGUAUUAUAUGACUUUUUUUGGUAGCUUAGCAAUAUAACAUGGACAUGUCGUCAGUUUGGUAAAUAUUGUAUUGCAUUGUUACUUAAAUGCUUGUAUAGUGUCUUAUUGUAUGAGUACAUUGCAAUUUAUUCAGUUCUCUGUUCUUGAACAUUUAUGAGUUUCAUUAUCUUGGAAUUUUAUGCAGUGUUGUGAUUAAUAUUUUAACUACAUUUGCUUUUAAGUCUUUAUUUUCUGAUCUCAGAAGAAUUGUAUAUUGGGAUAAGUUUUUAAUUCUAUAACUUAAAAGUAAAAAUCCUUUGUAAUUUUAUGUUCUAAUAGUUUUAGCAGUUUGGUGUGAUUACACAGAGCACAUGCAUAUUAACCAAAAUAAGAUCAUAUUAUAUACCAUUGUAUAAUUUUUUCUUUUUAUUACCAAAUUGGUACAUUGAAUACUACUUCACCUUUUUAUGGCUGCUUAGUGUUCCAUUUUAUUAUGAUUUUAAUAACUCCCAAUUGAUGAACAUUGGGGUUGUUCCCAAAUUUCCCCUAUUAUGGAUAAAGUUAUGUUCAUAAUGUCUAGCUAUAUUUCUGUGUACAUUUAUAAUCUUUAGGCUAAAUUCCUGGAGGUAGAAUUGCUAGAUCCACAUGUAUGCACAGUUUAAAGGUGCUUUUUCAUAGCAAUUUAUGGCCCCAAGAAAGUGAGAGUGAGUGUCUUUGUUUAUGUUGCUGUGAAAGGACACCUGGAGCUGGGUAAUUUAUAAAGAAAAGAGGUUUAUUUGGCUCACUGUUCUGUGGGCUAUGAAAGAAGCAUGGUGCCAGCAUCUGUUUCUAGUGAGGGCUUCAGGCUGUUUCUACUCAUGGUGGAAGGUGAAGGGGGGAGCCUGUGUGUGCAGAUCACAUGGCAAGAGAGGAAGAAGGAAAGAGGGAGGAGGAGGAGAGGAGGUAGUGGGCUUUUUUUUUUAAUAAUCAAGGAACCAAUAGAGGGAUAACUCAUUACUGAAAGGACAGUGGCACCAAGCCAUUCAUUAGGGAUUGGCUCCCAUGACCCAAACACCUCUCUCUAGAAUUCACCUCAAACAUUGGGGAUCAAAUUUCAAUAUGAAAUUUGGGAGGACAGAUAUCUAAACCACAGCAGUGAGUUUCCAUCUUUCCUCACAAAAACAAUGGCUGUCAUCAUUUAAAAUAGAUUUUAUGCAGUUUGUCUAGUUAAGCAACAAUUUGUUCUUGUAAAUUGUAUUUAAAAAGUUAUUGUUAAGCCAGGCGCUGUGGCUCACGUGUGUAACCCCAGCACCUUGGGAGGCCACAGCAGGCAGAUCGCUAGAGCUCACGAGUUUGAGACCACCCUGGGCAAUAUGGUGAAACCUCAUCUCUACAAAAAAUGGAAAAAUUAGCCCGAAGGUGGCAUGUGCGCCUGUAGUCCCCGCUACUUGGGAGACCGAAGUGGGAGGAUGGCUUGAGUCUGGGAGGCAGAGGUUGCAGUGAGCCAAAGUCACACCACUUCACUCUAGGCGAUAGAGCCAUACCUUGUCCCUAAAACAAAAACAACAGCAAAAAAAUUAUUGUCGAAGGUGAACCUUCAUUUAUAUGGAUAUUGGCACUUGUGCUUUCUUCAGUUGUCUUCUGUGCACAGCAUACUGUGAGUUCUACUCAAGGCUUGAGUCUUGUUACAGUGAUUAAAACUGGCUGAAAGGUGAGCCUGUUGAAUACCACAAGUAAUAUUUAGGAAUACUUAGUCAAAAUAUAGUCAAAAGAAAUGAAAGAAUUAUCUAUCUUUCGAUCUUUCUUCCUGAAAAUUUGGUCCAAGGCAAAUACCUUAUAAUCCUAUUUAAAGAAUAUUCACAGGCUGGGUUCAGUGGUAAUCUCAGCACUUUUUAAGGCCCAAGGUGGGUGAAUCACUUGAAGCCAGGGUUUGAGACCAGUCUGGUCAACAUGGUAAAUCCCUAUCUCUACUAAAAAUGCAAAAAUUAGCUUGGUGUGGUGGGGUACACCUGUAAUCCCAGCUACUUGGGUGCAUGAGGCCUGAGAAUCACUUGAGCCCAAAAAGCAGAGGUUGUAGUGAGCCAUGAUUGCACCACUGCACUGCAGCCUGGGUGACGAAAUGAGACUCUGUCUCAAAAAGCAAAAAGGAUACUCACAAAUUCAGUACCUCCAUCCUAUUUCAUUAAAGCUCUGAUUAAACAUAUAUGUUUAUGGGCCGGGUGUGGUGGCUCACACCUGUGAUCCCAGCACUUUGGGAGGCCAAGGUGGGUGGAUCACCUGAUGUCAGGAGUUCGAGAUCAGCCUGGCAAACAUGGUAAAACCUCAUCUCUACUAAAAAUACAAAAGAAAAAAAAAUUAGCUGGGUGUGGUGGUGCACGCCUAUAAUCCCAGCUACUUGGGAGGCUGAGGUGGGAGGAUCCCUUGAACCCAGGAGGUGGAGAUUACAUUGAGCCAAGAUCGUUCCGUUGCACUCCAGCCUGGGCAACAGAGCAAGACUCCAUCUAAAAAAAAAACAAAACAAAAA